AGGAGGAUGUUACAGUAAAAGAAGAGGAGGAAGAGGAUGCAGUUUUUGUAGUGAAAGAGGAGGAGGAGGAGAUGACUGUCACAUCCAAAAAGGAGGAGGAGGAAGAAGAGGAGGAUACUGGAUAUCUGAGCCCGGUUUCCCAAACGCAUCUUAAGGCGUCCGAUGGUAACGAUGAACUUAGCCAUAAAAUGGUUUUGGGAAACCGUUCCCUGAUUAACACUAGAGAGCGUCAUGACGAUCGUGGAUCCUCUGGGGAGCCUCAACAACAUCAUGAAGCUGAAGAGGUAGAGGAGAGUUUUUCCGCAUCAGAACAUCUCAAGAAACAGAAGCGGAAACGCACAGGGAAGAAACCUCACCGCUGCUCUGACUGUGGGAAGAGAUUCACAUCUUCAGCAGACCUCAAAAGACAUCAGAGAAUCCAUACAGGAGAGAAACCUUAUAGCUGUGAUCAAUGUGGGAAGAGAUUUACUGAUCUAAGCAGCCUGAAAAGACACCAGAGAAUUCACACUGGAGAGAAACCUUAUAGCUGCACUGACUGUGGGAAGAGUUUUAAUGUUCCAAGCAGCCUGAAAACACACCAAAGGAUUCACACGGGAGAGAAACCUUAUAGCUGUGAUCAAUGUGGGAAGAGUUUUGUUUCAUCUAGCCAGCUGACUGUACACCAGAGAACACACACAGGAGAGAAAUGUUAUAGCUGUGAUCAAUGUGGGAAGAGUUUUGUUUCAUCUAGCCAGCUGACUGCACACCAGAGAACACACACAGGAGAGAAAUCGUAUAGCUGUGAUCAAUGUGGGAAGAGAUACUCUGGUAAAAGAUCUCUGAUUAGACAUCAGAAAAUACAUGAAGGAGUUGUUCCAUGAUAUCAAUAAAAUGUCACAAUGUAGAACCCUAAA